AUGUUUCCGCCUACUUCCCACGAUCCUACGAAGGAUCCCGAUUUUGAAAACCUUGGUUUGGUUCUUGUGACUCUCCACCAGGCCGUCAUUCCUUAUCUGUCUAAUCCCAUAAUGUUAUGUGAUUUUUUGACGAGAUCAUAUGGCAUUGUUGGUGUUGUCAGUGUCAUGGCUCUUAGCAGUCUCUUCAUCCUCGUGACACAGUAUGGUUUAGAGUACCCUAACUUUUAUGAAAAGCUUUAUGGUUUAUUGGUCCCUUCUAUCUUCAUGGCAAAACAUCGGGCAAAAUUUUUCCAGCUUCUUGAUUCUUGCUUAAAGUCUACACUUCUCCCGGCAUAUUUGGCAGCUGCUUUUGCUAAGAAAUUGAGUCGGCUGUCACUUUCAGUUCCUGCUUCAGGAUCAUUGGUUAUUAUAGCUCUGAUUCACAAUCUUUUACGAAGACAUCCUUCAAUCAACUGUUUAGUGCACCAGAAUAACAUAACAUAA